CGUUAGCGAUUGAAUCGGCCAGUCGGGAAUUGGACGUUGAAGGGGACGGAUUGAUACUGCAGGUUCUUCGAAAAUCCGUCGCUUUCGCCAAGAACAGAGAUCAUAAGCGCAGUGAUACCAUGAGUGGCUGUCGUGUAUUCAUUGGGAGGCUCAAUCCAGCAGCCAGAGAGAAGGAUGUGGAGAGAUUCUUCAAGGGAUAUGGACGCAUCCGAGACAUUGAUCUCAAAAGGGGCUUUGGAUUUGUGGAGUUUGAAGAUCCAAGGGAUGCUGAUGAUGCAGUUUAUGAAUUGGAUGGAAAAGAGCUUUGUAGUGAAAGGGUUACAAUUGAACAUGCAAGGGCCCGUUCUAGAGGUGGAAGAGGAAGAGGACGUUAUUCUGACCGUUUUAGUAGCCGCCGUCCACGAAAUGAUAGAAGAAAUGCUCCUCCUGUAAGAACUGAAAAUCGUCUCAUUGUAGAAAACUUGUCAUCCCGAGUCAGCUGGCAGGAUCUCAAAGACUUCAUGAGACAAGCUGGGGAAGUAACUUUUGCAGAUGCACAUAGACCUAAAUUAAAUGAAGGGGUGGUUGAGUUUGCCUCUUACAGUGAUUUAAAGAAUGCUAUUGAAAAACUUUCUGGCAAAGAAAUUAAUGGGAGGAAAAUUAAACUAAUUGAAGGCAGCAAAAGGCAUAGUAGGUCCAGAAGUCGGUCUCGGUCCCGUAGCAGGAGUUCAUCAAGGUCUCGUAGCCGUUCCCGCUCCAGAAGCCGCAAAUCUUACACCAGAUCCAGGAGCAGGAGCCGAAGCAAGUCACGUUCAGUUAGUAGAUCUCCUGCCCCUGAAAAGAGUCAAAAACGUGCUUCUUCGAGUAGAUCAAAGUCCCCAGCUUCUGUGGAUCGCCAGAGAUCACGCUCAAGGUCAAGAUCUGUUGAUAGUGGCAACUGAUCUAUAAAUAGCUUGCCCUGGGGACUUUGAAAUCAUACUUGCUAGUAGUUGUGGUAAGUAUGUGACUUCUGGGAAAGAGGGACUGAACAGGGGAGGGGGGUUAACAGCGUUGUAUAUGUGGACCACGGAGAAGUUAUUUGAACUAAUUGUAUUGUCUUUUUGAUAAUCUUUUUCCUGCGCACUUCAUAAAGUGCAUAGCUUUAUAUAUAUUGCUAGAGCUCUUUGAAGAAACUUUUAAUUUUUUUGUAUUUUAAAAAACCUACUUUUGAACACUUUAGUUCUCAAUGUACUCUAGUAAUUGGCAUUUCAUGGUGUUAAAUGUUUCAGUUGGCUAUAGAGCUCUACACCAGCUGUAAAUAAAGCUUUAUUUCAGAUUUUUA